AUGCCCUCUUUACACGAGAUCCUCACAGACUCGGCGCCGCAGCCCUACACCCUGGGUGCCUUUAUGGCCUACCUCUCCCAGAACCACUGCCUCGAGACCCUCGAGUUCACCAUGGAGGCCGACCGCUACAGGCUCGCACACUUGCAGUUCCACCAAAGCCAGCUUGACUACCCCGACCACCUCACUGCCCUCUGGCACAAGCUCAUCCAGGCCUACAUCCAGCCCUACGGAUCCCGCGAGGUGAAUCUCCCGUCUCACGUACGCGACCGCCUGCUGAAUCUCCCCUGUGGGCCUCCGGCACCCGACCCGUCCGAGCUUGACGAGGCUGUCAAGAUCGUCUACGAGCUUAUGAGCGACUCCGUGCUCGUCCCCUUCGUGGCCUCCUUCUCCCACCCCCAGAACGAUGUCUUCGUCGCCGAGGAGAGGCCCUCCGAGUCGAGGCACGGCAGGUCGCGCUCCCGGGACGACACGGACAUGACUGAUGACGGCGGCGACCCGGGCUCACCACCGACGAUGGACCCCAUGACGCCGCCUACAACACCACCCACCCCAGAAUGGACCUUCGCCGCCCAGCCUGGAUCCCUUCACAAGGCCAUCAGCGCCCACAGCAACGGCUGGAAGAAGGUGGGUGCCAAGUUGGGCCUGGGUCGGAGGUCCCGGUCCACGCACCGAGCGACCAGCAGCUCCAUCACCAGCGCGGCGACGUCGGCUGCCGGCUUAUGA